AUGACCCCGACGCCAUGGCUCUUGAUGAUCCCGACCAUCGAGACCCCCUCAGAUUCAGAGAGCAACCUGUCAGAAGCCAAUGAUACCGAGGCCGAGACCGAGCGCCUCUAUGACACGCCCCAAGUUACUCGCCAUCAAAACGUUGUUCUUGGUCGGGUCGACGAAGACGACGCCCUAGACGUCACACCUACUAAGCAAUCCGCUGCACUCAUCGCAGACGCUAUUCAAGAAGAAGACGAUCCUCUCUCAGACGUAGACAUAUCCGCGCCUCCCUCUAGCCCUCCCGACGAUCUUCCAUCCUCGCGAUCGCCUAUCGUAGACCGCUCCGACUCUGAAGCUCCCUUGCGAAAGCGGGCCGCCUCCAAUGGUGUACCGGAGCGCGAUUCUCGCGAUGGAGACAAGGUUGCCGACUCAAAGAACAAUAAACCCCGCUCUGUGCGAUCCGGCUCGGGAUCAGGCGACGUCAAAGAGGAGAGGGCGGACAGCCCGCCCGCGACUGAUUCUCCUGCGCCAGAGCCGGCAGUAACCAAGAAGAUAACGAGGAACGGUAGAAAACAAGCGAAAGAUUCCUUGACAAAUGGCGUGGAUACCAGAGACGACGACGGUCCAAGCGACGAAGAGGCCGAGCCCAGAGUAGACGACGACGUGAUUGAUGGCGAUCCCGAUGAGGACGCGGAAGCGACUGGGAAGCAAGAUGAUGAAGAAGCCGAGAGGAAGCGAAUUGCUCUGGACGAGUGGACCACGAUUGAAGAGAAGUUUAGCAUCUUUCGCGACCGGUUGUAUAAAGACCGACUCGAGAAACUCGAAAGCGAGGAACAAGCCCUGACAGCAGAUGUUCCUUACCACCCCGAAUACUUGAAUAUGAAACAAUGCCUAGAUGAGCUGCACGAGGAAAAACUACAAAAAAUCAACAAGGAAUACGAACUCAUUCUCGAAGCCAACGACCGAGUUGCAGUGGCUCGGAGAGCAAUAAUAUGGGGCCAAUUUUACCAGGGCAUACCUCCCGAUUAUGCCCUCCUGUUCCCGCCCGCUCCGGCACAGAGAACUCGGAACGCAGUGGCGUACAACACGGAAGUGUCAAUACUCUCUGGCAUGGCUAAACACAUCGGAUUCCCCGCUGCCCCGCCCAUGCGAGGUGCCAGCGUGGGGGAGAUUGAGGAAGAUAUAGAGGCCAUCAGGGUGAGCUAUAAUGCCCUCUCUGCCCCCAACAUGGCUACCCGGUGCUAA